AUGCCUCGGGAGCAGUCGGAAGAGGCACAAUGGUGGUUUCAAGCAGUCUACUCUGCAGUCCAACAGAUCCCCCCUGGUAAAUGUACCAGCUACGGCCACCUCGCCUAUUUGCUCGGUUUCCCACGACGAGCCCGUCAGGUUGGGGUAUGUCUAAAGCACCUGCCUGCCUUCGAUCCUGCAAACCCCGACAGAUUCUUUUUCCACGAUCAGAAUGUGCCGUGGCAGAGGGUGGUCAAUUCCAAAGGUGGAAUCAGUCCACGAGGGGAUGAUGGGGCUGCAGCAAACCGACAAGCCGAGAGACUACGAGCAGAAGGAGUGGAAGUGAAUAACGCCAGGGGAAUUGAAGAGAUGAGCAUCGAUUUUGGAAAGUAUGGCUGGUUUCCGCAACAGCUUCCUGGGGAAGAGAGUGAGAUCAGCGACGAUGAGGAUGGGAUAGAAGGGGGCUGA